AUGCCUCAUAACCAUGGAAAGGCUAUCGGAAAUGACGGUUUGCUAUUGAGCCAUUCAAUCCUAGGUACCUUUGUGUUCGGGCUCGGGUUGUGGUGGUGGAUCAGUGCCGUUCGCCGACGCUACAGCACCAUACGUCGUCCGAAUUGGAAGUACGAAGCAACAGUUUCCAUUGAGUCUGGAUGUUGCCCAAAUCUCAUUGGUGAAGGACUGGUAAAGUUGUCCUUAUGUUCCAUUGGAUUGGCCGCUGAAGCUGUUAGUGUACACAUGGGACGUCAUCCGACAUACACUCACUACCCCUUCUACACGGCCAUGCUGAUUGCGGCCCUGGUGGAUAUCUUACAGUCAACCAUGCUAUUUCUACCAGAUAGAGUGGACUAUAUGUGCCAUUUACUGCCUUUUGUACUUCAGGCCUAUUAUUUGCGAGCCCAGGCCUAUGACCAACCCCACGUGACCGCCACUAGUCGUCUAAUAUCCAGUUACUUGGGCGUUUUGGCGGCAGUCGGGAUAGCAGGCGAAAUGGAAUUUCGCAAUACUUUCCUUUUCAGCUGGACCAAGUGUCUGAUUGUGAUGGUUUCAGGAGCCUGGACAUGGCAGAUGGCCAUAAUCCUUGAUCCAAAAGCAGGCCACGCAUGGAAUGAGGAAAGCCAUGAGAAUGUAAUGUAUACUGCUAUUGCAGUUGUAUGGCUAAUGUUUGGUGUCGCUGUUCUUCAGCUUGUUACCCUUCUCAUUGGGGCCAAAUGUUCCGGAGUGACACCAGAUUGGACAGGUGCUCAGGGCAGCGCCGAUGGUCACCGGAGUUCCUGCAGUGCGAAUCUACGACAUGACAUACAGUACACAAAGUUGCUGACAGAAGAACCCUCCGAGGAAUGA